UAAGAAUAUGGCAGCUCACAUGGGAAAUUGCAUGUAUUCUUCGGUCGCUCGUAGACUACCUGUAGUUGUUAUUCUCGGUGCAACUGGAACAGGGAAAUCAAAACUAGCUAUUGAUAUUUGUUUAAAAUAUUGCGGGGAAGUUAUUAGCGCUGACUCGAUGCAGGUUUAUAAAGGACUUGACAUUGUUACAAACAAGGUCACACCAGAAGAUAAAGAAAUGGUUCCUCAUCACAUGCUGGACUUUGUAGAAUCUCUUAGUCGAUACACAGUAGUGGACUUCAGAAAUCAAGCUCUACCAAUUAUUAAUAAUUUGUUGGAAAAAGGUAAAAUGCCUGUUAUUGUCGGAGGUACCAAUUACUACAUUGAAUCCCUUCUGUGGGAGGUGCUUAUAAAACCUGAGGACUCUUCCAGUGACGUCUUAGUAUUUGAUAGAGAAAAAGGUAUUGAAGAAUCAGAUAUCAAAACAAACAAACACGAAGGACAAGGAACAGAAGUACAUACUGAAGAAAGUUGCAUGACAGAGUAUUCAGAGCUAAACAGUACUGCUGAUGAGAGCAGAACAGAAAGCUCCUCUGACGACCAGCUAGAUGAACUUAUUGAACAAAGCAAGGUAGCACCAUCAAUCACAGACUUCUCGGGAAUUCUACCAAAGCCAUUAACAGCAAGCAGAUUAUCAAAGAUAUCAAACGAGAAUCUUCAUCAGCUACUUACUGUGGUUGAUUCUUGUAUGGCUACAAGGCUUCAUCCACAUGAUAGGAGGAAAGUCAUCAGAAGUCUUCAAGUUUACCAACAACAAGGGCGACCACAUAGCCAAGUGUUAGAAGAACAACAUUCUCUAGAAGGAGGUAAUUCUCUAGGAGGACCGCUUCGCUUUUCCCACACAUGUAUUUUUUGGUUGCAGUGUGACCAACAGGUACUAAACAAUAGACUUGAGAAGAGGAUUGAUGAAAUGAUGGAUAGAGGGCUUAUUGAAGAGCUGACAGCUUUUCAUCAAGCUUACAAUCAUCAUCGGCUUAGUCAGAAUCU